AUGACGUCCAAUAAAUGCAGAGGGGGAGGGGCAUCCGUCAGUCCAGGUGAACCACCUGAACGUAUUCAGAGUUCAGAGUCCAUUCUGACAGAAGAACAGAAGACGUCUGGUUCAGGACUGACUGAAGUUCACAGUAUGAGUGUGAGUGUGGAUGAAGAGGAGGAUGGAGCAGAGUUAUCCCAUUCUACAAACAGGGGUUUGUUCAUAAAGGAACCUCCAGGGGGCAGUAAUGAAUCAGGACCCUCUGAUCCACAAGGUCAGUAUAACAGACCCAGAGCAGAGUCUCCAGUGUCCACAUGUCUGUCCAUGAAGACUGACUGGUCCAAGGAGAGUCCUCCAUACUUUAGUCCUGAACCUGGACCUUCAGACACAGAAGGUCAGUAUAACAGACCCAGAGCAGAGUCUCCAGUUUCCACAUGUCUGUCCAUGAAGACUGACUGGUCCAAGGAGAGUCCUCCAUACUUUAGUCCUGAACCUGGACCUUCAGACACAGAAGAGACGGAGAGGACUCAUGUUCCUGAGGUGGACCCACCGUCCUGUUCUAUGUGUCAGAAGGUCCAGAGUGAUCCGGUCCGGGCCAGCUGUGGACACUGGUUGUGCAGACAGUGCAUCACUUCAUACUGGGACCAGUCUGGUUCAUCAGGAGACUCCUCCUGUCCCCAGUGUGAAGAAACAUCCAGAACAAGAGCUGAGCUGCAGAUCCACAGCUCUGUCCAAAUUGAACAUAAACUCAGUCUGAGGAGCAGAUGUGAAUGUGUGACUGAAGGAACUGAGGAAACAGGAAGUAGAACCCGUCUAAACCGGAUCUACACUGAGCUCUACGUCACAGAGGGACAGAGUGAAGACGUUCAUACCCAACAUGAGGUGAGGACGCUGGAGACAGUUUCCAAGAAGAUCAUCCAAGAAAGUCCAAUCAGGUGUCAGGACAUCUUCAAAGGCUUACCCGAGCAGCAGAAACCCAUCAGAGUGGUUCUGACCAACGGCGUGGCUGGAGUUGGAAAAACCUUCUCGGUGCUGAAGUUCACUCUGGACUGGGCCGAGGGUUUAGAAAACCAGGACGUCAGUCUGGUGGUUCCGCUGUCCUUCAGAGAGCUGAACCUGGUCACAGAUGAGCAGUACAGUCUGCUGACGCUGCUCCAUGUUUUCCAUCCAACAUUACAGAAGGUCACAGCAGAGCAGAUCAGUGUCUGCAAACUUCUGUUCAUCUGCGACGGCCUGGAUGAAAGCAGACUGUCACUGGAUUUCCACCACUGGGAACCUGCUUCCAUCAGCUCUGAUCUGGAUAACAUCUAG